AUGUUGGACGAUGAUGCUAUCAGGGUCAGUCGAAGUGGGCCGUCGUGGAGAACAAUCUUCAGACACGUCCCUGAGGUCGCACUCGCGUACGCGUUGCACGUCGGGGUGCGAGGGGUUCGCCCACGACGCCUGCCCGCGUUCACCUCUAUGAAACUACGGGAAAUCUACACCGGUCUUGGUCUGGCAUCAAUAGCCGAGGCGGCCGCAACGGACUACAUGUCACAGGUUGCAUCGGACGACGACCUUUCAGCUUGUGAUGUAGCUGCGUAUGCUUGGACCAGCCGGAAAGUGAAUAUGGCCGUAGGGGGAAUCUCUGACGACAACAUCUCAUGGCUGAGGGCAUGGCGCUUGGGCAAUUACGACAACCGCGACCUCUUAGGGAAGCUCGCGUGGUGGCACAAUCACAUAUGGUCCGACGAGACGACCUGGGUUUGGGCAGCCGCUCUGUGGUUCACAUACUUUUACGACGAAGAGAACCCCGAAAUCCGAAACGACCACAACAUAUAUAUCACCCAUCUCGCAAACGUGCGCGGGGCCCAUCUCUCGCGAACCUUGAGCCCGGUGAGCAUGGCGAGCUUAUUAGGCUUCCGACAAUACGUGCACAUUCCUCUUCUAGCCCUGGCUGCCUCCGCGCCGCUUGCCAUAUUCGCCCGCCGUACCGGGCGGCUCUUGCUCUACCUGCCCAUCAACGCCUUACAGCGGCUUCUCUUCGGAGCUACGUUAUACUGUGGAACGAUGCAGCGGCACCAGCACGCUGGGCAGCUGACCGCCCUGAAAGAGAAGCAUGCUAUGGCGGCCGCGGUCAAAGCUGCGCUUGUGCGCCUCAAGCAAACACAGCCGAUGCCUGGCUGUUAA